AUGCGCAGGUGGCAAUGGAUACUGAGCUUUAAUGCUCUAGAGCAGAUUGGUCAGAGGCGCCGACGCCAAAUCAAAGUCAAUGCGAACUUCGUGUCCUCUGUGCUGGCUGUGAUAACGGCAACGAACCACCCUCCACCAGCAGACUUUGGUGGUACUUCAUUAGACCAGGAGAACUGA